UAAAGUUGUUGUGCCCACUGCUGACGUAACACUGUAGUAACAAUAAUGGCUGCCCCUAGCAGUAGGCAAGUUCUCCGGCGCCUCUGUCAAUUUGGCGCCUUUAUUUUGACCCGAUUUGGUUUCUGGAACUGCUUUACAAUGCUGAUGCUCUUUGCCGAGCGCGCGGAUGUAAAAAGGAAACCUGACAUCCAGGUUCCCUACUUGUACUUUGACAUGGGGGUAUCAGUUCUUUGUGCCAGCUUCAUGUCCUUUGGGGUGAAGAGGAGGUGGUUUGCACUGGGGGCCGCCAUACAGUUAGCUAUCAGCACCUACGCUUCUUAUAUUGGUGAACAAGUGCACUAUAGUGACUGGCUGAAGGUAAGGAUGUACUCCAGAACCCUGGCUAUCAUCGGGGGUUUCCUGGUCCUAGCCAGUGGUGCGGGGGAGGUAUACAGACAGAAACAUCGCACCAGAUCGCUGCAGUCCACCGGACAGGUCUUCAUAGGGGUCUACCUCAUCUGUAUGGUGUACUCCCUCCAGCACAGUAAAGAGGACAGGAUGGCCUACGUGAACCACAUCCCUGGUGGGGAGAUCACCCUAAUGCUACUGGUGGUGCUGUUUGGAGUGCUGGCCCUGGCCUUCCUCUCUGGCUGUUAUAUCCGUCUAGCUUCACAGAUCCUGGCAGUGGUCCUGCCCCUCAUCCUGCUCUUCAUCGACGGUAACCUGGGCUACUGGCACAACACGCGCCAUGUAGAGUUCUGGAACCAGUUGAAGCUGAUGGGGCAUAACGUGGGUAUUUUUGGGGCUGUGCUGAUUCUGGCUACAGAUGGUUGAAUGGAAUGGACACCUUGGCAGACUAUCAGAAGAGAGGCCAAUACUUAACAUGUGACUGAAGCUACAUUUAGUGUUUCAAAUGGCACCCUAUUCCCUAUAUAUUGCAUUACUUUUGACCAACGCUUGGCCAAAAGUAAUGCAUUAUAUUGGGAAUAGGGUGCCACCUGGUCAAAAGUAGUGCACUAUAUUGGGAAUAAGGUGCCAUGUGAGACUUAUACAGUCUUUCUGGAUCCUCAGAUGAACUGAUCCUCACUUACAGCAGGAGAUAAAUGGUGAUUGGACGCUAAUCCCUGCCUGACAGACAGCCAUGUGGGUAGACCUUAUCGUUAACUACCUGUCCAACUUUGCUUCUGCAGAAAAUAGAUAUGAGCCCUGUUUAUUUUUUAUACUGAACAAAAAUACAUAACGCAACAAUUAACUAUUUUACAGUUCAUAUAAGGAAAUCGGUCAAUUCAAAUAAAUAAAUUAGGCCCUAACCUAUGGAUUUCACAAAAGGGCUUUAUUACAGACAAAUACUCAGUUUCACAACAGCUGUCUGGGUGGCUGGUCUCAGAUGAUCCCGCAGGUGAAGAAGCCGGAUGUGGAGGUCCUGGGCUGGCAUAGUUACACGUGGGUCUGCGGUUGUGUGGCCCGUUGGACGUACAGCCAAAUUCUCUGAAACGAUGUUGGAGGUGGCUUAUGGAAGGGAAAUGAACAUUAAAUUAUCUGGAAAGAGCUCUAGUGGACAUUCCUGUAGACAGCAUGCCAAUUGCGCGCUCCCUCAAAA